CCCACAUCCGGAUGUUGUGUUUUUGGACUGCGUGUAGGGUGAUGGAGGAUUUGGGAUUAUUGGAAUAGGCUGGUGUUUUGCACUAGUUUUGGCAAAUUCUGAUUAGAUCAAUUUUAUUUACUACGUCACGAGGAUGCUACGCGAGGGGAAAGAAGCGUGUCCAUUCGUGGAGGACAGUUUCAGCCGCUUUCUGUCCCAGAGUAACAUGUACGGACUCUGUCAGGCUGGAGAGCAACAGCUACUCGCCGCUACUCUGAAAGGCAAAGUGGUCUGUUUCAGGUACCAAGACCUCCAACAGAAAAUCAGACCUGUGGCUAAAGAGGUACAGUUCACUUACAUACCAGGUGAGGAUAAGAUAGCUAGCUACAGAAUGUAUCCUGCUACUGUUGCAUUAUUGCAUGCAUUGCAUCGAUUCAUGUGUUGUGUAUGUGUAUACAAAAUGUGUAGAUAGUAAACUUGCUAAUGUGUGUCUGUCGUUCUCUGUCUCUUCAGUUGAUGCAGAGAUUGUAUCAAUUGACGCUUUCAACAAAUCCUCACCGAACAGGGGCCUGGUCGUGGGAAUAACGUUCAUUAAGGUAUAUUUAUAUCACCUACCCUUCUCCUAGUGAACACAUCUGUACACAUAUCCUACCCAAACAUGAGUCGUGUUCAUUAGGCCACACUGUAGCAAAACAGAAAACGAGCAUUUCUCAUGGGCAAGUUCAGAUAGUACCUCUCUGUUUUGGGACGUUUUCUUACGUUUCGUGUCUACAGAAUGAUACGACCAUGAUCACUUCUCUCUCUUUCUCUUUGGUAGAUGAAAGUGUGUUCACACAUCACUGUAUCCCAGGGUUCUUCAAUUCCGGUCCUGGAGGGCCGAAACACUUCUGUUUUUUAUUUCUACCUGGUAGUUAAUUGCACUCACCUGGUGUCCCAGGUCUGAAUUAGCCCCUGAUUAGAAGGAGAGGAUGAAAAACAGAAGUGUUUCGGCCCUCCAGGACCGGAAUUGAAGAACCCUGCUGUAUCCAUAACACUUGUCUUCACUCGUUCCCCCCAGGACUCUGGUGACAAAGCCACUCCGUUCCUCAACAUCUACUGUGACUACGAGCCAGGGUCAGAAUUCAACCUGGAGUCCAUUGCACGUGAGUCAUCGCAUCACCUGCUGCAGCAGAGUCACAUAGAACACACAUUCCCUUCUGGUAUUCACAUGGUUUUGCAGGGUUGUUUUCAUUAGGAACACAUUGUACGAUUGAAAACAAAAGAGUUCAGAUAAUACCUCCCAAUUUCACCCUGUUAUGAACCGGUUUCUUCUGUUUCGUGCCUAGUGAACAUGACCCUGAUUAUAGCUUGUUUCUUUGUCCUCUUCUUAGAGAGCUGUCUGAACCUGGAGCUGCAGUUCACCCCCUUCCAGCUUUACCACACAGAGUAAGUACUGUACACAGUAGAGUGGGCCCCAAUCUAACUUGCCUAAACAACUUUAGACAUAGUUCAUACUUCUUUGACUCCUUUCAAGGCCUACCACACAUUUUAGGUGCACAAUGCACUUUCAAGUUUAAAGUUUUAAUGUCGCGUGCACAGUAGUACAGUGAAAUGCCUUUCUUGCAAGUUCUAAACCCAACAGUGCAGUAAUCAAUGUAGUACUAAAAAUAACAUAAAGUAGAAAUAAGAAGACUGAAAUAAGAAGAACAUGAGCAGUAAGUAAGCUAUAUACAGGGUCAGUUCCAAUACUAUACAAUGUGCAGGGAGACUGGAGUGAUAGAGGUAGACAUGUAUAGGAGUAAGGUGACUAGGCAUCAGGAUAUAUGAUAAACAGACUAGCAGCAGCGUAUAUGUUGACUGUUGAUGUGAGUGUGUGUGUAGAGUCAGUAUAAAUGUGUGUGCAUGAAUGACCCAAUGUAUGAGUCUAGAUUAUAUUAUUGAAUGUAUAAAAAAAGCCUGGCAUGACGAUAGGGUUUUAUCACUUCCUUACAUUGUUAAUGACAUGACUAACAACAGUAUAUCACUGUUCCAGAGUGCAGUGCGAAGAUGGAUGCAGUGAGACAGUGUUUCUGCUCAGUGGUCAUGACCAGAGGAUUCAUCUUUACAAGGAGGUAAGCCUAUGUACCUGUGUAUGUGCAGUGAGAUUUGUAAUGUUUGGUGUGGGAGACUAGUUAACAUCUCUUCUCUGCAAUAGAACGCCUCCCUUCACCAAUUUGAAGAGCAGCCAGUCGAGAGACUCUUCCCUGAGCUACAAGAGCUGCCCAGCAAGUUAGUUUGUGUAACCUCUGUCUGCUGUUCUCUCCCAGUUGUGUGUGUGUGUGUGUGUGUAAUCACUGUUCCCUCUCUUUGCAGUGUGUUGUGGCUUGAUGUGCUGAGUAUCCCCAGCGGUCAUCGUCUCUCGGCCUUUGGCUGUCAGAAUGGCUGCGUGGGGCUGGCUCUGGUGGACCAAACUGGACCUAGUGAGGACUGCCUAUACACAACACAUACACUAACUCACUAUAGGAUUGUGUCCCAAAUGGCACUCAAUUCCCUAUUUAGUGCACUACUUUCGACCAGGGCCCGUAGGGCUUUGGUUAAAUGUAGUGCGCUAUAUAGGGAAUAGGGUGCCAUUUUGGACACAACCUAUGAUUUGCGGAUGUACUUUCCUUUCUGUGUUUUCACAUGCGUCCGCGCGGAUUAGAGAUUGUGCAGAGUUGGCGGGUGCAGCAGGACAGUCCCAUCUCCACCGUGCUGCUCUUCCCUCUGCAUUCCCGAGCGGAGUCGGCGGACCCCGAAAGGGCAGGAGAGGAGGGAGGGGACGGUAUGUAUGAGCAGCAACGAUAUGAUCUCUGGAUAUUGUUGUGCCCAACUGGCACUACAUUCCCUAUGUAGAGUUCUACGUUUUACCAGUGCCUAUAGGGCUUUUGUCAGAAGUAGUGCACUAUAUAGGGAAUAGGGUGCCAUUUGCGACAUAACCUAUGAUUUGCGGAUGUACUUUCCUUCCAAAACUCUGGACGUGUUUGAGGGAAUCAUUCUGCUCAGUUGCUGAUCACCGACUGACUGAGCAGACUGACUGAUCUACAUAAUAAUAACAAGUCGUUCUUUUGGAUGCAAUGAGAUUUGUAGAUCCAUGUUUAUGCACAGUCAAACACAAAAUGAUUAGAUAGGAGAAGAGAGCAUUUGGUCAGAACCUCUCCCUAGCCUACCAGUGGGCUAGGUGGAGCUAUAGAUGUAUUGCAAAUUCUAUGCAGAUGUUGCACCGUCCUACAGUUACCCUACACAUAACAACAAAUCCAUUCAGAUUAUAGCCUAAAUAGCAGCCUACCUGUUGGCUUUUGGUCAUUGUAGCCUUUCUUUCUCAUUUAACUUUUCAUUCUGUAAUUUUAAUUCCAUCUUCCAUUGAUUAGAUAUCCCCUAACUUGCUUGCCACACAAGCAGAGCAGCAAUGCAAUUGUCUUUCUCUCUACGCGUCAAGCGCAAGGAUCAGAGCGCAUGCCUUUUUUCCAAAUCAUCAAUAUAGAGUCACAUCAUGCAGCCCUUACAGUACCAGUCGAAAGUUUGGACACACCUACUCAUUCAAAAUAUAUUUUACAUUUGAGAUUCUUCAAAUAGCCACCCUUUGCCUUGAUGACAGCUUUGCACACUUGGCAUUCUCUCAACCAGCUUUAUCUGGAAUGCUUUUCCAACAGUCUUGAAAGAGUUGCCACAUAUGCUGAGCACUUGUUGGCUGCUUUUCCUUCACUCUGCCGUCCGACUCAUCCCAAACCAUCUCAAUUGGGUUGAGGUCGGGGGAUUGUGGAGGCCAGAUCAUCUGAUGCAGCACUCCAUCACUCUCCUUCUUGGUAAAAUAGUCCUGACACAGCCUGGAGGUGUGUUGGGUCAUUAUCCUGUUGAAAAACGAAUGAUAGUCCAAACCAGAUGGGAUGGCGUAUCGCUGCAGAAUGCUGUGGUAGCCAUGCUGGUUAAGUGUGCCUUGAAUUCUAAAUAAAUCACAGACAGUGUCACCAGCAAAGCACCCCCACACCAUAACACCUCCACCAUGCUUUACGGUGGGAACUACACAUGCGGAGAUCAUCCGUUCACCCACACCGCGUCUCACAAAGACAUGGCGGUUGGAACCAAAAAUCUCCAAUUUGGACUCCAGACUAAAGGACAAAUUUCCACCGGUCUAAGGUCCAUUGCUCGUGUUUCUUGGCCCAAGCAGGCCUCUUCUUCUUAUUGGUGUCCUUUUAGUAGUCGGUGCUUUGCAGCAAUUUGACCAUGAAGGCCUGAUUUACACAGUCCCCUCUGAACAGUUGAUGUUGAGAUGUGUCGAUGACUUGAACUCUGAAGCAUUUAUUUGGGCUGCAAUUUCUGAGGCUGGUAACUCUAAUUAACUUAUCUGUAGCAGAGGUAACUCUGGGUCUUCCAUUCCUGUGGCGGUCCUCAUGAGAGCCAGUUUAAUCAUAGCGCUUGAUGGUUUUUGCGACUGCACUUGAAGAAACUUUCAAAGUUCAUGAAAUGUUCCAGAUUAACUGACCUUAAAGUAAUGAUGGGACUGUCGUUUCUCUUUGAUUAUUUGAGCUGUUCUUGCCAUUAUAUGGACUUGGUCUUUUACCAAAUAGGGCUAUCUUCUGUAUACCCCCCCCUACCAUGUCACACCACAACUGAUUGGCUCAAAUGCAUUAAGAAGGAAAGAAAUUCCACAAAUUAACUUUUAAGAAAGCACACCUGUUAAUUGAAAUGCAUUCCAGGUGACUACCUCAUGAAGGUGGUUGAGAGAAUGCCAAGAGUGUGCAAAGCUGUCCAUCAAGGCAAAGGGUGGCUAUUUGAAGAAUCUCAAAUAUAAAAAAUAUUUUGAUUUGUUUAACACUUUUUUGGUUACUACAUGAUUCCAUAUGUGCUAUUUCAUAGUUUUGAUGUCUUCACUAUUAUUCUACAAUGUAAAAAAUAGUUUAAAAAAUAAAGAAAAACCCUUGAAUGAGUAGGUGUGUCCAAACUUUUGACUGGUAGUGUAUGUUUUGAUUUCUAAAACAUUCCCAGGUUUAUAGGCCUAUCACAAGUAAAUAAAUAAUGGAUUUUAUUGUGAUGGUGUAGGCUAUAUUAAAUAGAUUUAUUCAACUUUUUUAAAUGUAGCUGUUCCAAAGGCAUGCUUCAGCAGCUUGUAUGCGUGGAAGCCUGGAGAUUGUAAACAUAUUUAUGUUAAUUAACGGUAAAUUACUGUGAGACCGGCUCCAUUUGCAAUACAAUUACCGCUUGACAACAUUUCAUGACCGCCACAGCCAUAAAAAACAAAAUGUUUGUCUCCACACUUUUCUCAGACAUUGAGGUCGUUGGUUACAACCUCCUGGUGACCAGCAGUAUAGAGAUGGCUGUCGUGUACAGGUCAGUAUCACAGGCCUAUUAGAGACUAAGAAUACAUUAAUAAAGAAUGCAAACCAUUUGCGAGAGGUGCUUACUAAUGGAACAUUACCUCAGAAAUGUAAUUAAAGUCGCACACCCAUAUCUUAUUGCAGUGGUAGCCAGUCAUUUGUUGAAUAAAGCUUUUUCAUACUCUGUGGUGGUCGGUAAGGAUAUUCUAUUUUGUCCUGGUGAGUGUUUUGUGUUCCCUGGGUGGUCCGUGCGCUUUCUAGUCUACGGUCACUGUGUGGUCAGUUAGGUUUCUAUGGUCAGAAUGGUCAGGACAUUGUGCUCUCAGGGAUGUCCAGGGGUACGGUGUGAGUCGCCCUGCAUGCCUCUCGGAGAGUGACCAGUGUGACGCAGUGCUCUGUGCGCUGGUCACAGACCUGGACUUUGAUGGACAGAAGGAGCUGUUACUGGGAACCUAUGGACAGGUGAGUUUGUGGGGCUUCUCAUAAGGGGCAGAAGGGCUAUGAGCAAAAAAAAAGACUUCAUUUAAACUAAUGAAAUACUGUGCAUUUGGAAAGUAUUCAAACCCCUUCCCUUUUUCCACAUUUUGUUACGUCACAGCCUUAUUCUAAAAUUGACUAAAUGUUUUCCUCAUCAACCUACACACAAUACCCCAUAAUGACUAAGUGAAAACAGGUUUGUAAAAAUGUUAGCACAUGUAUUAAAAAUAAAAAUAGAAAUACCUUAUUUACAUAAUUAUUCAGACCCUUUGCUAUGAGACUCAAAAUUUAGCUCAGGUGCAUUCUGUUACCAUUGAUCAUCCAUGAGAGGUUUCUACAACUUGAUUGGACAUGAUUUGGAAAGGCACAAUCCUGUCUAUAUAAGGUCCCACAGUUGACAGUGCAUGUCAGAGCAAAAACCAAGGCAUGAGGUCGAAGAAAUUGUCCGUAGAGCCCGGAGACAGGAUUUUGUCAAAGCACAGAUCUGGGGAAUGGUACCAAAACUUUUCUGCAGCAUUGAAGGUCCCCAAGAACACAGCCUCAAUCAUUCUUAAAUGGAAGAAGUUUGGAACCACCAAGACUCUUCCUAGAGCUGGCUGCCCAGCCAAACUGCGCAAUCGGGGGAGAAGGGCCUUGGUCAGGGAGGUGACCAAGAACCCAAUGGUCACUCUGACAGAGUUCCUCUGGGGAGAUGGGAGAACCUUCCAGAAGCCCAACCAUCUCUGCAGCACUCCACCAAUCAGGCCUUUAUGGUAGAGUGGCCAGACGGAAGCCACUCAUCAGUAAAAGGCACAUGAUGACACCCACUUGGAGUUUGCCAAAACGCACCUAACGGACUCUCAGACCAUGAGAAACAAGAUUCUCUGGUCUGAUUAAACCAAGAUUGAACUCUUUGGCCGGAGGAAACCUGGCACCAUCCCUACGGUGAAGCAUGGUGCUGUGGGGAUGUUUUUCAGCGGCAGGGACUGGGAGACUAGUCAGGAUCAAGGGAAAGAUGAACGGAGCAAAGUACAGAGAGAUCCUUGAUGAAAACCUGCUCCAGAGUGCUCAGGACCUCAGACUGGGGCGAAGAUUCACCUUCCAACAGGACAACGACCCUAAGCACACAGCCAAGACAACGCAGGAGUGGCUUCGGUCUCUGAACGCUCCCCAUCCAACCUGACAGAGCUUGCGAGGAUCUGCUGAGAAGAAUGGGAGAAACUCUCCAAAUACAGGUGUGCCAAGCUUAUAGCGUCAUACCCAAGAAGACCCGAGGCUGUAAUAUCUGCCAAAAGUGCUUCAACAAAGUACUGAGGAAAGGGUCUGAAUACUUAUGUAAAUGUGAUAUUUCCAUUUAUUUUUAUUUUUUUUAAACAAUGUAAUCAAUUUUAGAAUAAGGCUGUAACGUAACAAAAUGUGGAAAAAGUCAAGGGGUCUGAAUACUUUCCGAAUGCACUGUACAUACCCCUUGAUGAGAUUAGUACAACAGUCUAACCUUAUCAUAAACGAAUGACGUUUUACUCCAUUUGUCAAUUAUUUUUUUUGCUCCACUCUUGGAUGGUAGUCACAUCUUUCAGAGUGUGGCUUUAAAACUUCUCAUCCAAAUCAUGAUUAACUGAUGUGCUGAGGGUCUCAUAUGCCUCUGCUCCUAUGCUUCAGGAGCUGCUUUGCUACAAGUUCCAGCAACCAAUGAGAGGGACAGAGGAACAGUUCCAACUGCUGUGGAGGCGGAGCUUCAAGAGCCCCUUGCUGUCCAUAAUUUACUUGGACUUGACUGGAGAUGGGCUGAGAGAGCUGGCGAUUCUAACACUCAAGGGGCUGCACAUACUACAGGUACAUUAUCAUAGAGGGCCAUAGCACAGAGUGUAGGCCCUAUAAUACAUUUUACGUUUACAUUUUUAGUUAUUUUUCCAGCUAUCUUAAGAUAGCUAGGCAUUUUACAACAGCAUAUGCAAAUGUUAUUACAGAAAUAUAUGUACUGUAUCCAGUGGCGAUUUAAGCAUGUAAAUCUUGGUGGGGCAAUUUUUGUUGAUGCAUGCCAGCAAAGCCACAACACAACACUAAACAAUACAUUAAUUUCACUAUAACGGUGACAAACGGUGCCCACAAACUGUUAGGGCCUACAUAAAGCUGUCCUAACAGCAGAGUCCCAACAGCAGUCCCAACACCUUACCACUGCUACACCUUGUUAUCAGCGGAGCCUUGUUUGACAGCGAAAAAGUUCAUUCAGCCUCAUUUACUGCCUUUUUAAAAAACAUAGCUGAUAUGGAUGACUUGCUUAAACAAAUGUGGUUUCUACUGACAAUUGAGAAUCUAUGGCACAAGGGGAUGAAGAGCGGAUAAGAGGCAAUCCGUAAUUUCGAUUAAGACGUUAAUGAGCGAUCUAGGACGGACGUAGUCAAUAUAACUAUUUGUUCAGCACUUUUGAAAUGUACAGCGACAGAAUUCAGAACAAGGGCCGUUCUUACAGUAUUCUCCCUGUACACCAAAUCAGAACCGUAGGAUAAAUAAAGGGGGCAUAUAAGCAGACAAUGAAAGCUCUUACAAUAUUUGAUUAUUACAUUUCUCUAAAACAGGCUAUAGGCUACAUGUGCACCACCAAGUCAGAACAGUAGGCUAAAUUAUGAGGGGGAAAUUGACCAUAUUAUUAGGGUGAGGCACCGACUUGCAAUUCCAAGUUGGAUGACCGUUCAAAAUGUAUUUUCCCAGUCGGAGCUCGUUUUUUUCUGAGUUCCCAGUUGUCUUGAACUCACUGAAGUCUGAGAUCUCCCAGUUUGGAGUUUCCAGUUGUUUUGAGCGCGGCAGAAGUCAUGCUGGAUUGAAAGCAUGGCCAAUGUUGAAUGUUUAUCCUUUUAAGAUUGGAAAAAAGACCCUUAAACCCAGACUUGGACCACACACCCACUUCAUGGAAUAUCAGGCUAGUUAUUGCUUUGCAAUGCUUGCAGUUAGCCACAUAUUCCUUCCAAACCACUCAUUGUUGAAUUUGUGAUUUCCAACUUGUUGUGUAAUGUUUAUGGCUGAUGAGCACCAAUACGUUUUAUCUAUAAUUUCUCUUCAUUAUUUAUCUUCAUAUGACAAGGAUUGAAAAGGAUUUGCCAGUAGAUUGUCGACUUGAUUCAUGAUGAUGACUGCUAGCUUGCUAGCUAAGAUUUUGAAAGUAUGAUGUUGACAUGAUCAGUCCAAUCAAAGCUACUGUUGAUAUAACAUGAUUUGACGUCAUUUUAUCUGUGGCCAAUGACCUUGAGCCUUCUUGGAUGGGCACUUCUAAUGUAACUAUGGCAGCACCCAAGGGGCUUGAAUUUUCGAGCUUUACCCGUAGAUUUUGCGUGAUGUAGUGUCCCCAUGAGUGACAGAACACUGAGCCAAUCACGGGGCAACUAGAGAACAUUACCAACCGCUACACUCCAUAUUUUCUGCUGGCUGCCCCACCACCACAGAAAGCACUGAGCAAUGCUGAAACACCUGCAUUUUGGAGCUGCCUUACUCAGGAAAGCUAAAAAGAGACCAAGUUUGUAUGCAGAUUUUUUACAUUGUUUGCAAACUGAUAUGUGACACGUAUUAAUGCCAAAGUAUCAUACAAAACAGGCAAAAAAUUAUAAACAGGUGGGGUUCUGCCCCACCUGCCCUGAUUGACGUGUUGCCACUGACUGUAUCAUCUCUUUCUCUCUACCACUCUCUUUCUCUUCUUUCCAUUCCUCCAUAUGUUCCCCUCUCGUCCUCUCUCUAGCACAGUCUGACCAGCACUGCUGACUUGGUCCUUCAGCGACUGGCGGACAGGUUGUCAAAGCUGACCACUGGCUCGGAAGUUCAGCCAAUCCCAGAACGGGAAACUGAAGAGGGACGCUGUGACCAAUGAGGAGCGGAGUGCCCGAUCAAACUGAGAACCACCUGUUUUUUUUGUUACCUGUGCCAAUAAUUACAGUUUUACCAUGAAGCAUCUACACUUUUAAAAAAAUGGUAUUUGAUCAUGAUGUUGUAUGUUGCCUAACAUGUAAUAUUGUCCAUAUACAGUAUGUACACAAUAAAUGGUUAACCAAAUAA